AUGGCGCUCGAGCAGCGCACCGCUGGUUCGGAGGAUGUCAACGAUUUCCUGGUCCGAAUCCGGGAGUUGGGCGAGAAGCGCGACAAGGAGGACGAAGAGCGAGCCAGACGACUAGAAGCGGAGAUUUUACAAGGUCGGAGAGAGAGACAAGCGAGACGAGCAGAGCGCGCUCGAUCAAUCUCGCCGACGAAAGACUCUCCUUUACUUCUAGGCAGUCCAACUCUGAAGGACUUGCCCAUGAAUACAUCUACACCUUCGAAAUCCAUAAUCCCUCCAAUUGAUCUUCUUCCCACUACAAAGACUCUGGAUUUAGAUACAGCGUCACGCGACUUAGCAUACAGUAGUACAGCUUCGAAUGAAGAUACCGACUCUCGCGCAGCAGAGAGCAUAGGAGGCAAUACCACGCGCCCCCCUGAUCGCACUCGCGCUAUGUCCUGGAAGCAACGCCCACAAUCGAGCGAGGUUGAUACCCUAGCCUCGACGUUGAGGUUCCCGAGCGACCCGCCAAACUCUAGGGGACGGGAUGAUUUGACAGUCUCCGCGAAUGAUUCUGAAUCGACAAUGUCGCGCGCACAGAUAUCACAAUCCCUGGGAUCUAAAGACCCCUCCUGGUUUAAGCAGACGAGCGACCGAGGAAUUGGCUCACCUGCCUGCCGAAAAGCCUCAAGUACUCCCCUAGCCGACGUUCAUCUGCCCGCGGCAAGUGUAAAACUUCCUGGGCUCACCAAAGAGCCCACCCUUGAACCUGACAAGGGGUCGAGCUAUGAUGGCAGUGAAAGGUCACGGUCACCAUCUAGGGCAAAUUCCGUCUAUGGCUCAAGCAAUUUUGGGAAUCGUUAUUCUAGCAUAUCGUCAGUGACUACUCUGGGUGGCUUAGGGUCUCCAGUUCCGCUGUCAAAUCCGCAUAGGCUUGAAAGCCGUGGGCCUGAGUCCCUGCCGGCUGACCGUGUCGCUAUGUCACCAUCACAAAGCCGCCUGGCUUCUGAUCGACCGUCAUCCCCCACUAAAGGGCUAGGAGGGUUUGUUCAGAGUGCAAUGAUGAAGCGCUCUGAUAGUGUCUCAAAAAGGUGGAGUACUCAAUCCGGACCUAACAGCUUUCGAAACAGUUUUAUUUCCAGUCGCGGCGAAGCAUCUGUUUUAAACUCCCCAAAAGCGCAGCUUGGUCCGGCUACAGCAGAAUCAACGUCACGCCCUGCAUCCAGCCACAGCGAAGCUACAGUAGUACGGCACUCCGUUGAAGAUGUUUCUUCCGCCGUGGACCUUGACGUCCCUCAAGACUCUACGGCAUCAGGGCAGCGUUUUACAAAGGCAUCCCCUUUAUCAAACUCAGGUCUCAUUUCAGACCAAAUUUCUCCCUUCGAAGGCCUCCCAGUGACUCCGUCCAAAACUAUGGAUCCCAAACGAUGGAGCCCCACAAAAUCAUCAUGGCUAGAAAGUGCAAUUAAUAGGCCAGAAUCUCCUAGGCCCAAAGCGACGGUACCUUCCCAAGAGCCUGACUGGAAGCGAGGCCUGACGCAUAAGCUUCGAACCUCCAGAGAUAUUGGCCAGGGGAAUAAAGCCCUUGAUUCCAUUUCCACAUCAAUGCCAAGUGAAGAAUAUCACAGACUUCCUACAGCCUCCAACACAAAAACGUCAUCUAAAUAUUCUCAAGAACCUCUUGAAAAUGUUGAUCCAGACCUUGUCGAAGAGACGCGCACGCCUCGAAUGAUCGAGCAGCCUGAUGACGAAGAAAAGUUGAGAUGCCAAUUUCCUGAUAUACCCCCCAAAAGCCAAGGUUUAGAAUCCAAAAUCCAUACGCUCUCGUUAAAAAACGAGCAAUCAUCUAGCCCACCAGAUCCAGACUCGCAAAGUAGUAUUGGCGACAAACAAACACCACACCCAGACGCUGCCAUGCCACCACUGGAGAAACCUCUAAGCAGCGGUGAUUUUCGUGCAAAUCUUAGGCCUCGCGGGCUUCCUACCGAUAAAUCAAAUGCUCAAGAACCCGAAUUUAAAAGUGUCUUUGGGAAGUUAAGGAGGACUGAAACGAAAAACUAUGUUGCACCCGAUGAGUUUAAGGACAAUAUUCUUAGGGGGAAGGCUGCUUUGAAUAUUACAGGAGGGCCAAAGCGGACUCCGAGAGUUGACGAAUUUAAGGAGAGUAUUUUGAAACAGAAAAAGGCUAUGAAAGCUGGUGGGGGGUCCAUUAGGCGUACUACGAAUGAUCCAAAACGGUUACCAGGCGACUCAGACUCUUCGGUACCAGAGGCUAUUGCUAAGCGAAUGGCACUCAGCAGAUCCGAAAGUGCAAGGAGUAUCGCAUUGAAUCAAGCUAGCAGUCCUACAACUCAUGACUAUUCGCAAUCUAACAACCCCCAUCCUUAUACCCGACUGGAGAGCGCCGGGACUUCGCUCAAAUCAAGACCAAAUUCGCCUACGAAGCAACCUAGUGAUACUAUGGACCUCACGUUGUCUAAAGCACUACGAACGCCCGAAAAUCCUCCAAAAAUCACAGAAGAGCCCCUUUCAACUAGUUCAAUGCCACCUAUACCUGCUGAAACGAAUCUCAGCUGCGAACGCCCAAAGACGAAACUCAACGAACGAUUAAACCCGGCCUUGGCUGGGAUUAUUGCUAGAGGACCCCGCUCUGAAAGACCAUCUCGAAACCCUGCAGCCGCUGCUUCAGCUCCUCGAAUGACCCCCAAAGAUUCACCUCCGGCCCCAUUAACGCACAUGACAAAAGCUCGAGCCAAAGGUCCAAAGCGACGUUUACCCCAGAAACCGGGAGCUAAUCAGAAGGCAGUGGAAGCAGAGAGGGCCAAUAUGAGUCCUGUAGGUAGACCCGAAUCCGUGAACGCUGUUAAAGUACAACAACUAGCAAAGGUAAAUGGCGAGGAAACCCCAAUCAGCCAUGCAGCUAGAGCAAGUAGCGUUCAGCGAAACGGGCUGUCUGUAGAGGGUGGUACUGUUAAUAAACCUGCCUUCUCUUCUACUUCACAUCCCGAGCUGAACAUUGUUAAGCCGCUGUCGAAGCCAACGAAGCUAAGCAUUAGCACUGAACCGUCCAACAGAUCGUUUUCUACGCCAAAAGCUUCAACCACACCCUUCAAACCGGACGAUCGCCCCGUCAUCCAGAGAGAGGCAUCAUCUCCCGUUUUGCUCACCGCUAAUUUGCCCGAUAUUGGCAUCGAGCAAUCCGGUGCUUCCGCCUUCUCUUCGCCAGUCAAAAUCUCUCAAUCAUGUACCAGGGGCUUAAACAAAAAAUCAUCCGAAGAGCCUGUUUUGUCACCAGUAGGGAAACGUGUUGUAAGCCCACCAGUGCCACCCAAGCCAAUGUCAAUCAGCGACAUACAACCCGGGCGCGAAAGUAUUGCUACACCAUUUCCACAAACGCCAGAGGCGACGAGAAUUUUCUCCGAUUUUUUCAAUGUGCCUCCCACCGCAAAGAGCAAAGUAGAUAUUGAUCCCCUAGCAUUUCUACCCUCCAGCCAAGAACAGUGUCCGAAAUCGACCACAAUAAAGCAGCAAACUUGGGAAUUCGGUGGCGAUGGGAGAAGAACCAGCCUGCCAGCCAAUCAGGAAUACAUUCUUUUUGAGGAGAACAUGUAUUUGUGUAUUCGUACUUUUGAAACAGCUAAUGGUACAAGAACCACGCAGACGAACCUUUGGUGCGGAGACGGCGUUAGUGAAGCCACUAUUGAAGAUGUGCAGCUCUUUGCGCGCAAACUGGCCAGAGAGAAUAAUUCUAAACUUGUGAUCCUGCGGCAAGGAAAGGAAACAGCAAGUUUUAUUCAGGCACUUGGGGGCAUUAUUUUGACACGACGUGGAUCAAGUAGCCGUGCUGAUAAUUCAGAAUACAUGCUCUGUGGCCGCAGACACUUGGGCCAGAUAACUUUCGACGAAGUAGACCUGAGCCCGGAAUGCCUUUGUUCUGGGUAUCCGUACAUAAUAUCCACAAAAUCGGGAAAACUGUAUCUAUGGAAAGGAAAAGGGAGCACUGCGGAUGAGCUUGGAUGUGCAAGGCUUAUUGGCAUGGACCUUGCAGGCGAAAUCGAGGAAGUGACAGAAGGCCAAGAGCCAAGUGGCUUUUUCGAUUCUUUUCCAACUCCCCCUGGCGUGCGAGCAUACUCUUCUGCUACUUAUUGGCGAUUCAAGGCAAGCAAUGAGAAGUAUUGCUGCCGGUUAUUUCGUAUUGAUCAUGAACUUGGUCAAGGGUUUGGAGCAGCCUUUUGGAACCGACGCGGCGCUCAUUCGCCCGUUGCGCGGCCUAAUGAUACAGUACAAGCAAUUAAGCCGUUCUGUCAGCGAGAUCUAGAUCCCGAGCAUAUAUACGUUCUGGACACUUUUUUCGAGAUUUAUGUAAUUGUUGGCGAGCUUGCUCGUUCCCGUUCUGCAGAAUUUGCCUCAGCGCUUGUGUUCGCCCAGGAGUAUGGAUUUCUUGCUGUCUCUGAGCAAGAUCGGCCCUUUCUUCCCAAGAGCCACGUCUGCUUCAAUGGACUGACGGAUGAAUGCAAGAGGGCUUUUAGAAAAUGGGAUGAUCGUAUUGGGGGCUUUGAGAAUGGGAAGCCGCCUCGAGUCUUUCCAUUAAGUGCGGCCAUUGAAGCCAUUCGGUGA